AUGAAGCUCUUCGACGUUCUUCUGGCUGCGCUCGCGUUUGCUGGUAUGAUGUUCGUUGAAGCUACUCCACUUCACGGUGUUGAGCGCGCUGAACACACUGAUUACAACCUGCCUCACCCCAUCGUCCCGCUCUAUCUCAAUACUACUUACAAUGGUGUUCACAUCGAGGGAACAGGAAGUCUUGACGAAAUAUUCGCCAAAGUCCUCGUCGAGCAUCCAGGCUUCAAGUUGCCCGAGCGGAACAAUUCAACCAAGGGAAAUUCAGGUAUUGAACGUCGCUAUGGAUAUGGCGCUCUGUACUGUAUUCCAGUUCCUGGAUGGAGUUGGGUUCCGGUCAACAUGAACACAGCCUGGUCUCAAAUGAACUUCCUCAUGCAAUUGGGACCACUGCAACUUACUAUCCCCGCCUUUGCCUGUAUACCGAUCGUACUUAACGGAAACGCACAGGUGUGGAAUUUACACACUAUUAAUCCACCCUUUGAAUGGUAUGGUGACCUGGGCUAUCAGAUUCUCAAUAACUGCGGUGGAUAUGAUGCAGCAACCGAUCUCAUGAUGGUUGGUGGCCAGCAGUUUGAUGUUAACGGAUUUGAUCUCAUCAUCAGACAAUGGCCUUAA